CAACUCGCAGAGCGGUUUAUUCGUUUGCCGAUCGCUUUCCAGACCACACGGCUCACUAGAGCACAAGCGCGCAACGAAAUCUCAACUUUUGUGAAUUAAAAGAAAGUUUUAUUCCAUUGAAUGUUAACUAGUUGAUCAAAAUGUCUACUCUGCUUGAAGUUUGUGGACCUCUCUCACCGCCGUCGACGCCUCCAUUAAUGGAGCACAAAGUCGAGUUACCUCUGAAGAAGGCUGCAGUGAAACGGGCCAGGGAGUCGCCACCCCCGACCGGCUUAGUGACUCCCCAGCCUUCAGACUCGGAGGGCGAGGACGAGUUCAGUAAGCGCUCCCGGUGCGAACUGGAGCGGCUACUGCUAACCACGCCACCUCCCGAGCCCUGCCGGCCUUCCGUCAUCAUGCGGGCCCACAAAGACGGCACCUGCAGCCCCGUCUUAGCACCUCCUCCCAAAGACAUGAACAUCCUGAAAACACUAAAAUUCAAAAUGAAUCGCGGCCAUAGUUACUCACAAGUGAAAUAUAUCGCGUCCCAAAAUCAAAGUGUUCCCGUGCCCGAACCCGUCAGUCCCGUGAAAGUUGAAGAGGCGCGAGUUCCGUCCCCGCACGCUGAGUGUCCCAAGCCAGCCAAGGAAGAGCAGCGCAUGCCGCAAGUGACCCCAGCCGCAGCCGCUCCCGGCUGGGUCCCCCUGGCACCGAGACCCGCACCAUCUAUUAUUGUCCCCGGAGCGUUACUACCGACCACUGCUCUAUGGCUAGUUGCUCCAGCCCCGGCCGCAAGAAGACGUCUCUACGAGUGUUCACAUCCCGGUUGUGGCAAAAAUUACUUCAAAUCUUCCCACUUGAAGGCACAUGCCCGCACCCACACCGGCGAAAGGCCCUUCCGAUGUGCCUGGCCCGGCUGCGAGAGGAGAUUCUCACGCUCCGAUGAGCUUUCAAGACACAAGCGCACACAUACCGGCGAGAAAAAAUUCGGAUGCCGUGUCUGCAAUCGCCGCUUCAUGCGCUCAGACCACCUUGCGAAGCACGUCAAGAGACACGCCAAAGAAAGGGCUCCUCCUGCGCCAGUGUUGCGGCUCCUUCCGUCACCGCCCAUGGCCGUACAGCCUGUUGGACCGGCCCAAUAAGCCACUCAACACCCUGACUGUGAUUCAGAUCUCAAGAUCGUUACCUAGUUAUAGUUCUACUCAUCUCUAAGACUGUCCUAUCGACUACUUAAGUAGCACUAGAUAUAAGCAAUAUGUUAUUACUGAUUAGCCAUGUUAAGCUUCCAGAAGAAGUAAUUAAAAAAUCAUUGUUUUAUACAA